AGAAGUAGUAGUUCAGUCAAUAGCUAGUCAAUAGAUCACUUGCAGUCUGUUAUGAUUGUGUUUUUAUAACCAUAGACUACAUUGUCAUAACAUAAGUCUGUGAGCUAAGGUAGUAGAAAGAUUUGUGUUGUGUUAGUUUUUUUGAAUUCUGUUCAUAUUUUUCUUCUUAAUUGUAAACAAACUAGUUGAAACAUUCUAAUAAAAUGGCAAUAAGAACUGUUCCAUACAAUGAAUCUAUUCACUGCUCGGAAAAAUGUUUGUCGAAGUUUCUAAACGGUAAACUUGAAUGUGAUUGCGGCAACGAUAUACGAAUAUAUGAGUGGUUUUGGGAAAAAGAUGAAGGUGAAACCAAUUUCCAACUAGAUCCAAAAAAUUUUAUUGUCACUUUUCAUCCGGUUUACAGUUCUGGCACCUCCGUUGUGCGAGGUAACAAACCUUUCCAACAAAAUAUGCAUUAUUACUGGGAAAUGAAGAUGAUAUCAAAGUUAUAUGGGACUGAUGUGAUGAUAGGAAUAGGUACAAAGGAAGGAUUUCAAAAUUUUACAAAUUACAGAUUCAGGUUUUGUAGUAUGCUGGGAUUAGAUAAUCAAACAUGGGGUUAUUCUUAUCAUGGUAAAAUCCAGCAUGACAAGUUAACACGGAUAUAUGGGGAAGGUUUUGGUUUAUCUUCCAAAGUGGGUGUUCAUUUGGAUAUGUGCACUGGAAAGUUAGAAUAUUACCUUAAUAGAAAACCACUUGGUGUUGCAUUCAGUGGCUUGAAAAAGAAAGAAUUGUAUCCUAUGGCAUGUGCUACUGCCGCUCAAUCUUCUAUGAAGCUAAUUUGUGCUGUAUCACAAGAACAAACCCUGCAAAUGUUAUGUCUCCAAUGUGUUCAUCAGAAUUCGUAUCUCUAUGAAAAAUAUUCUUCUAUUCCUGGUCUUUGUAAGAUAUAUAGACAGAAGUAUUUUUGGAUGACUCCUAAAAUAUCUACUUCAAUACCUACCAAAGAACAAGAAGAAGAAGAGUUAUAUUUUUUGGCUUUGAACAACAAUUCUGCAAAAAGGAAACAAGAAGCGAAUUAUCUUGUUACACCAAAGUCGAACAAGAAAUCCUCAACUGAAUUUUGUUCAUCCAGGGAGCCCAAUUUGUCCUCCAAUUCUAAUAGAGCAUCACCUCUCAGAAUGGAUUUACAACAUGUGCCAAACGAUAGUUUAUUGAGAUUCCUAUCUCAAGGAACACUUGAUCAUUCAGAUGAUUUGGACAGUCCUUGAUUGUUUAUUGUGAAUUUGUUGGUUGCAAAUUUUGUUUGAACUGUUGAAUAAUUGAAUUCCGAUUGAAAAUCAUUUCACUUAUUGAUGAUCUCAGAGAAAAAGUGUGCUAUGGAAAUAUUUGUAUCCCUGUUUUAAAAGUGCUAUUCUGCAAUUAACUUGUUUUUUUUUUAUUGAAUUCACAUAUUUAUUUUAUUUAAGUUUGAAAUGUUUAUGUAUAUUAAUUAAGUGUAUUAGGUAAAAAUAAAUUGUUUUUUAAUACAAUAUAUUAAUAAUACUUUA